AUCCCCUCCCCAGUCCACACGUACACUUGCGUACGUACGCUCCGCUGCUAGUCCCUUAAUUAGCUUCACUGGAGGCCUGCGUCCAGCCAGCCAGCCGCUCCCGACGACGACACCGAUGAUGGCCUCCGCGGCGGUGCCGGCGGCCACAGGAGGCCUGAAGGAGGACAUCGCGGGGCUAUACGACGAGUCGUCGGGGGUGUGGGAACGCAUCUGCGGCGAGCACCUGCACCACGGCUUCUACGAACCGGCCGGCGACGCCACGGCGGUGCGGCCCGACGUCCGCCGCGCCCAGAUCCGCACCAUCGACGAGGCGCUCGCAUUCGCCGCCGUCCCAGAUGAUCUAGAGAAGAGGCCCAAAACAAUAGUCGACGUAGGAUGUGGCAUUGGAGGCAGCUCAAGGUACUUGGCCAGAAAAUACGGAGCACAAUGUACGGGCAUCACGUUGAGCCCUGUUCAAGCUGAGAGAGGAAAUGCUCUUACUGCCGCCCAGGGCUUGUCAGACCAGGUUUCCCUCCAAGUUGCUGAUGCUCUAGAACAACCCUUUCCUGAUGGAAUGUUUGAUCUUGUAUGGUCCAUGGAGAGUGGUGAGCACAUGCCGGAUAAAAGAAAGUUUGUUAGUGAGCUAGCGCGUGUCGCAGCUCCUGGAGGGACAAUAAUCAUCGUGACAUGCUGCCAUAGGAACCUCAAUCCGUCUGAAACUUCCCUGAAACCCGAUGAACAGAGACUCCUAAAGAGGAUAUCUGAUGCAUACUGUCUUGCCGACUGGUUCCUACCUUCAGACUAUGUCAGCAUUGCUAAGUCACUGUCUCUCGAGGAUAUCAGGACAGCUGACUGGUCGGAGAACGUGGUCCCGUUUUGGCCCGCUGUGAUAAAACUGUCAUUGUCAUGGAAGGGCCUGACCUCUGCGUUAACAUGUGGAUGGAAGACGAUCAAUGGGGCGAUGGGGAUACUACUGCUGAUCCAAGGCUACAGGAAGGGGCUCAUCAAAUUCACAGUCAUCACCUGCCGCAAGCCUGGACCACCAUAGGAGGGUGGUUACUGUCGCUGCGCCUCUGCUCAAUUCAGUAACCAUUCCUGGCUUGCUGAAACCACGCCCUGUAGUAGCUGUCUACUUAUCGGUGUAAUAAGAGAAGAGACAGGUCAAGGAAAAGGCUUCUGUCAAAAAAUUUCUAUCACUGGUCCAGAAUCCAGAUAUUAUUUCAAUUUGCAUGUA